GGCCUGCGAUAGUUCAUCGAAGUACCAUACCAUCAACCUCCAUCCAUUUCUUUUAUUUAAUUAGUUUUAAUUUAUAUUUCUAACGCUAAUUUAUUGGCAACCCCUCACUAUCGUUGCCCCCCGCCAUCGGUACGCUGCACUUUGGUUCGGUUUCGUUUCGUAUCGGGCGUUUCGGUUCGAUCCCAAAGAUCAGAUCAGAGAAACUGAAACUGAAACUCAAACUGCCGUGUUUUGUGUUGUGUGCUUGUUGAGCAAAAUUGUGAGCACUUGGCUCGGGAAAAAUGUCAAAGAACAAGAUAAACACAACGUCCGGCACGGCGACCAGUGGCGACACGAACCUGAUCGAGGUGAAAUCGAAGUUUGAUGCGGAGUUCCGGCGGUGGAGUUUUAAGCGAAAUGAGACGGAGCAGAGCUUCGACAAAUUUGCGGCCCUUAUAGAGCAGCUGCACAAGCUAACGAACAUCCAGUUUCUCAUUCUCUACAUCGAUCCGCGGGACAACGAUCUGCUGCCGAUUAACAACGAUGAUAACUUUGGCAGGGCCCUGAAAACAGCACGUCCCCUUCUACGGGUCAUAGUUCAGCGGAAAGAUGAUCUUAACGAGUACUCAGGCUUUGGGACGAUGAAGCCGAGGAACCUAAUCGGCAGCAUACUGAUGGGACACACGCCCGUAAAGACAAAGGCCCCAUCGAUAUCCAUACCGCACGACUUUCGCCAGGUUUCGGCCAUCAUAGAUGUGGAUAUUGUGCCGGAAACGCAUAGAAGGGUGCGGUUGCUGAAGCAUGGCAGCGAUAAGCCCCUGGGAUUCUAUAUAAGAGAUGGCACCUCCGUGCGGGUGACGGCCAGUGGACUGGAGAAGCAGCCGGGCAUCUUUAUAUCCCGCUUGGUGCCGGGCGGCCUCGCCGAAAGUACGGGCUUGCUGGCCGUUAACGAUGAAGUGAUCGAGGUGAAUGGCAUCGAAGUGGCGGGCAAGACGCUGGAUCAAGUUACCGACAUGAUGGUGGCUAAUAGCUCCAAUUUAAUCAUCACUGUGAAGCCGGCCAACCAGCGCACGCUGACGUCCACACAUCGCGGCUCCUUUUCGAGGAACAGCCAACUGUCCAGUGGGUCGCAUCACACCAAUAAUACCAACACCUCCGACGAAAUUGAGCACGACGAUCAGGACGAUAUCGUGGACCUCACGGGGGUGACCCUAGACGAGAGUCCCACGUCGACUUCCGCUGGGAACCAGAAUUAUCAGCCGCCGGCGCCACCGCUGUCAUCAUCACCCUCGUCGCAUCACCAGCAGGCAGCCUCAAAUGCGUCCACGAUAAUGGCCAGCGACGUUAAGGAUGGAGUGCUGCAUUUGUAAGAUUGACCAGGAGGAAUGGCCAUUCAGCGGCAUCUAGGACUCAAGCAACGGAAAACGCGAAUUCACAGCAGAGAAGAGGAGAGGAUUUUCAGUUUAUCAGACUUAACUUUCCUUAAGAUCAGGAUAAGUUCGUUAAACUCGAGUCAAUUAUUUAAAGUUAUACAAGUUAGGCGAGCUAAUCACAUGUAUUUCAAUCGAUUAUAUAUAGCUCACUUACUAAAAAGACUGUCAAAGCUCAAAACACCAUGAAGGAAUCAUCAAAAAGCAUUAUUAAUUGAGUGAAUUAUGUAGAAAUAUGGGCAAUAUCUUGGUCAUAUCCUGUAAAAGUUUGUUAAAACGCUGUUUCUACAAAAUUCCCAGUUAUGUAGUAGUUGAGCAAUAUAUAAAAUACGAUUAUACAUAUAAUCAUAAUCAGACUUUCCCCAUACAUUCCACGAAACACACUCAAAGUCACACAAAUCACACCUAUUCAUUUGCACGUUUUUGAAUGCAGUCCCUUGUUUUUAUCUAUUUCCUUGGCAUAUAUAUGUAUUUAAAUUUGUAAGAUUUACGUCUUGUUAUUAUUCUUGCUUGUUGCAUUAGAUUAGAGUGAGACAGAUAGAGGAGAGAUUAAAUAAGAGAGAGAGAGGGAAAGCAUAAAAUGCAGAAGGCAGAAAAAUUUACUUAACCAUUCGAAUCGACAAAUUCUGAAAAGGCAAUAAUUGUAAAAAAAAAAUCACACAUGCGAACACAACUAAUUUAUACCCAAAGCAUUCCAUUUUAUGUACUUUUACAAGUCGAAAAAACCCCAAAAACGAAUGGUUUUUGAUUUGCAAACCUUUUUUAAAUUAGAUACAAUAAUUUUUUUUAGUCCAUAUUCAUGUUUUCAUGGCAUUACCUAGUGUAUUUGUUUAUUUUAUUUUAAACAUUGUAUUUUUUGUAAUUUUAAUUUUUGUUUUUCGUCUAUGCGUCCAAUACUCGUUCAAGUUGUUUGUUGUAAUGUCAUCAUUUAAAGUUAUGGAGAAAAUACAGAAAACUGUGAAGCUAAAGUUAACAAAACGAUAAAGUAAAUAAACGAAACACCAACAGCGCCUUCGCCUUUAAGAGAGCAAUUCGAUACUUUAUAUAUACAAGAUAAUAUAUACACUAAAACAAUCUAUGUUAAAUACGUAUCCUUGUACACACACUUGAAGUCUGUAUACGCUUUAGUCAAAUCAAAAAGACACUCAAGGCAGACGCGAUGCGAUCUGCUUGACUUGAAGUUAACAAUACCCAUCAUUAUGGGGCGGAACAGGCAUUACUAACUUUUCGAAAUACCCUAGAUAGAUAGCAAGAUCUAGGCUAGAGACAGCAGCGAAUCUGAAACCUUGCGUAUGGCCCAAACCAAACACAUCCCUCAUCCCAAUGCCACAUAUCCACAUAUCCUACACAUACUACCAAGCAAUCUUAACCAGGGCCGUAGCUAGCAUGGGGCAGUUGGGGCGGUGCCAGCUGGGGCCAUUUUUACUCGUUGCCCCCGGGCCCCUGAUGCUCUAGCUACGGCCCUGAUCUUAACCUUAACCGAACGAGAAACUAUAGUCUCCACCAUCCCCGAUUUCCAAGCACACGCAUAAAUAUAUACAUAAAGCGAUAGUUCAUUCCCGCUGAAUAACUAAGAAAGACCGAAAAGCAAAAAUACGAAAGAAAAAAUUUAUAUUUUGAUGUAUGUAUUAUUAUUUUUUAAUAAACUUAAGUGAACUUGAAA